CUAGCGCGUUUAGAACCUAAGUAAACCCGUAGACUUUAUGACAAGGUCACCGAUAGCUGCAGGAUUUUGUUUUUGACUUCCCGCCCUUAGACGAGGAUCAGCCGAUUCGACACGGGCCCGGCUGUAAGACUUUCUUCCUGCCGAGACGCGAGAGGGGAAGGGGUGUGUCUGUUGCUGACGGCAGGAGAAGCCGCACUGACCCAGGAAACCCAACUGUUUGAAGAACCUCUAAGAAGAGCUGUUCCCGGUUUUGUUUUGUGGGAUUUUCUUUUUGCUGAGCACACACCUCUCUAAUACUUAAAGCCGGAGUAACCACUUAUUGACUGGAACACUUGCAGAGCCCAUUGUUCUGAGGACUGUGCUUGGAUCUGGACCAUUCUGCAUUUGCCUGAGAACUAAAAGUAGUGUCCUGAAAGCUUGUCCUCAGAUUAAGCUGUUGAACCACUACUUUCCAUUAGUGCCUGCUUCGCAAAGUAUGAUGGAUUCCUGCUUUUAUGAAUCAAGUUCUAGUUAAGUCACACAGGGAAGAACUCUUAUUUUUAUUGAGGAAUGACUAGAACAACCUGCAUGCUCAGGUAUAAAGUGUGUAGUGUGCCAAUAUAUUCCACACCAUAACUUUAGAUUCUUGCCAACCUAGUGGGUAUGCUGAUAGUUUUUGCUCAUUUCUCAGAAAUGUAAGCCCGUUGGACAUUCUUGUGACAAGAAAUGGGCUCCCAAUUAGUGCUGCUUUAAUGACACAUCCAUUUUGCCAUGCUAGACGACGAUUUUUUGGAAGAAGAGAUCUGGGAAUACAAAUCCAAAAGAAAACUAAAGCCAGUGCAUCAGAAUCAUGAUCCUGAAAACAGUCCAAAAUCAGCUGAAAAGGCAACAGAUGGGAAGCACAAAGCGAAACGACACCGAAAUAAAAAACAACCAAACAGUGGAAGAACAGUGGAAGCGAAAGAGAAGGCCAAGGACGAGGAAGGAUGCGACCGAGAAGCACCCAGUCAGACUUCUGUAGCUUCUGGUCCUGAGUCAGGUUGUGCAGAGGAUAUUCAGGCAUCUCAAGAUAAGCAGGGCACUCCAGGAAAGCACCGUAGAGCUCCUAAAAACAAACAAGUGUCCCCAAAGAUACGCCCAGUGUAUGACGGCAACUGUCCAAAUUGCCAGGUGCCUUUUUCCUCAUUGCUAGGUCAAACACCUCGAUGGCAUGUUUUUGAAUGCUUGGAUUCACCUCAGGUUUCAGAAACAGAGUGUCCUGAUGGCCUUCUGUGUACCUCCACAAUUCCCGCCCAUUACAAGAGAUACACUCACUUCCUGCUGGCCCAGACCCGGGCAGGCAGUGGCUCUCUGAGCAGCCCACCACCCACAGCGCCUGGCGUGUUUACUUGCUCCAGCGAGACGACCUUGGGCUUCCUCGGCAGCCUUUCGAAAAGAGGGCCCCCAAAGGAGAAAGGAAUUGAGAACUUUGAGAACAUUCCAGGUGAAACCUCUUUGGGGACACAGGGUCGAGCAAAAUCUCAGAGUGCCACGCAAGCCAGCCAGAAGGUUCCCGUUUCUACAAAGGCCCAGCGAGCUCUGACAUUUUCCGGGGGUGUUCCUCAGGACAAACUGCCGGGAGUGGCUUUGCCUCUGGCCGUCGAAGUCUCGGACAGCCCCCCGCCCCUCCACCUGCCACGGCCAGAACAUGACACAAGCAACUGUGAAAUCUCCUACUCGCCACUUCAGAGUGACGAAGAGCUAGAGGGUUCACAGCAGGACCUAUUUUCCAUGGAAAGCUCCAAAGCUGGCGGCCCAGACGAGCGCCAUCGAUCUUUGUUCAGCGACCUCCGCGGAGCCUCGCUGCAGCGCCUGCAAGAGAGCCGCCUCUUCAGCCAGUCCCAGGACGAGGAAGACCUGGAUAAAUACCACACCCUGGCCCAUCUCUCUCAGCUGCUUUCCCAAGACGGUGAGAGGGCCGUGUCCUGUGACCGGCCGGCCGACAUGGGGGACUGCUUUAUGAUGUUCACCCCUGCGUCAGCCGGGGCUGCCGCCCAGGAGGCCCCCUUCCCUCGAGCAAAGGACCGGAAGCAGGCCGCUGGAAAAUCAGCUGUUCACCGUCAAGUUUCUCUUCCGUUACUCGAAACUCAAGUGUUAACCCCCUUUACAACCCAGGGAGAAAGGCAUCUUCCUUUCCGUCUAAGCCAAAGUAACACCGUAGAAUUACCAGGUCAGGAUGGUUAUGCCACCAAUUGUUCAAGUCUCCGUUUCUGUGGUGUGCUGGAGAGUAACAUUUCGGGCUUGAACUCGGAGCCUUUUCCUAGCACGCCUCCCGCUGCUACGCCCGGGAAAACAGGGCCAUCUGCUCCCGAGGGCAAUACAAGGCAUUCUAACAAGGCAAUGAAACAAAUGGACAUAGGUGUGUACUUUGGACUGCCACCCAAGAGGAAAGAAGAGAAAUUGCCGGAGGAAAGCCCAUUGAAAGGGGCCAACUCCAAUCGAGCUGUGAGUCCUAAGGACAAGAAGGCUUGGUCCAAUCCAGCUGUGAGUCCUAAGGAGAGGAAGGCUCGAUCCAAUCCAGCUGUGAGUCCUAAGGAAAAGAGGGCUUGGUCCAAUCCAGCUGUGAGUCCUAAGGAGAGGAAGCCUCCAUCCAAUCCAGCUGUGAGCCCUAAGGAGAAGAAGGCCAUGCGGUGCAAGUGGAAAGCAGAGACCUCUUUAAGCGAGGCAGAACCUGAUGCAAAGAGCAGAACAGAGCGUCAGCUCCCUGUGGAGCUUUCUAGUCAAGGAGCACAACGUCAACGAAAGAGGCGUAGGAAGUCAAGUGCACUGCCAGAAGGAGCGUCUGGGGAGUCAGAACACAUCCGCAAGACAGAGUCUGGGCCGGUCAACGUCAAUAAAGGCCGCGGCUUCAGAAGAGCCGCUGGCGGCGGGCUGCCCGGGCGGCCCUCUGCAGCCCCAGAGUUCCCUAAUGCAGAAGGACUACGGAAAAGGCAGUGUCCCUUCUAUAAGCAGAUUCCUGGAACUGGCUUUACGGUAGAUGCCUUUCAGUAUGGAUUGAUUGAAGGCUGCACCGCCUACUUCCUCACACAUUUCCAUUCAGAUCAUUAUUCCGGCUUGUCUAGAAAAUUCACUGCUCCCGUGUACUGUAGUCAGAUAACCGGCAAUCUGCUGAAGAGCAAGCUUCAUGUGCAAGAACAAUACAUCCAUCCAUUGCCAAUGGACACGGAAUGUAUAGUGAAUGGUGUUAAAGUUGUUUUGCUUGACGCCAAUCACUGCCCAGGUGCUGUCAUGAUCCUUUUUUAUCUUCCCAACGGGACGGUCACUCUGCACACCGGAGACUUCAGAGCCGACCCCACCAUGGAGCGUUCUCUUCUUGCCGGCCUGAGAGUCCACACGCUGUACUUGGACACAACGUACUGCAGCCCGGAAUACUCCUUCCCAUCGCAGCAAGAGGUCAUCCAGUUUGCCAUCAACACUGCCUUUGAGGCUGUAACGCUAAACCCGCGGGUCCUUGUUGUCUGUGGCACCUACUCUAUUGGAAAAGAGAAAGUCUUCCUUGCCAUUGCUGAUGUUUUGGGUUCAAAAGUUGCCAUGUCGCAAGAAAAGUAUACAACCUUACGGUGUCUCAACAUCCCCGAUAUGGAUUCCCUCAUUACAACAGACAUGUGUGGUGCCUUGGUUCACCUUUUACCAAUGAUGCAAAUUACCUUUAAGGGCUUACAGAAACAUUUGAAGGCGUGUGGUGGGAAAUACAAUCAGAUCUUGGCCUUCCGACCCACAGGAUGGACACAUUCCAACAAGCUUACCAGGACAGCAGAUAUCGCUCCCCAGACCAGAGGAAACAUUUCGAUAUAUGGAAUCCCUUACAGUGAGCACAGCAGCUACCUUGAAAUGAAGCGCUUUGUCCAGUGGCUGAAACCCAAGAAAAUCAUCCCAACCGUCAAUGUUGGCACCUGGAGAAGCAGGGGUGCCAUGGACCAGCAUUUCAGAGAGUGGAGGCUAGAAGCUGGGUAUUAAUGAGACCACCCAGCACCGAGGAGGAAUGCAGCCACUGCACCUGCCAUGUGUUAGGACUGAGAUCUCUACCUGUCUGAAAGGGGUUUUCACUUCAGGUGAAUAACCUGAAGGUCAUUCACGUAACUUAUUUUCUCAUUAACCUUGUUAACCUUGGACUCGCAUGCUUAUGGUGCUGGGUGCCUGUCAGCAUGGUCAGCGGUCAUUGAGACUGGAUCUCCUACGGUCCUUAGGAGUUGACCCGUCCCUAUGGGCUAGUUAUAUUCUAUAUCAGCUUUUAAGAAGGUAACAAAAGCAGGUCCUGAGACCAGCAGGAUUUAUGAUCACGGGUAAACGAGGCUGAAAGCAGUAAAUAAAUGUUAUCGUGGAUCUUUAAAAUUAUUUUAUAUGGGGCAUAGUUUAUGAGCUAAAACUUUUAUAUGAAAUAUAUAUACAUAAAUAAAAACAAAUCCUAGUGUCA